GACAGGAUUUAUUUCCGCUGUCAGAUCGAUAUUGAAAAUGAAAGAAGGCUCGCUAGCUACCAUUGGAGUACCAUGCAGUAGCUUCAUAUUCUUGAACAGCGGUACUUCAAGAAGAUCCCCGGAGCUGCCACUGGGACGAGAAGACCUUCCUUACAUCGACCAAGCAAACUCGAUUGCAGCCCGAGUCUGCUUGCUGCUGUUGCUCCUCACGGUCCGCAAAUGCUACUGGCUGCUGGAGCAGCCUUCUUCUUCAAUGUUUGAGGAACUCCCGUACUUCCAGCACGUCGUGAGAAUCUUGCAGAAGUUUAUGCGAGUCCAUCGUACUUUCUUUUGGAUGGGAUGUUAUGGUCACUUCAGCUGCAAGGGCUCCCUUGCCUAUGGUACCCUGGGCUUCAUUCCAAAGCUGGCCAAGAGGCUUACCAGAAAGAAGAAGAUCCGCUAUGGACUCUCCUCUGAAGGUGUAGUCCGAAAGGGCGUGGACAAGCGUGGCCGCCAAGUUGUGAGCCUUGGAUGGAAUGCA